AACACGUUUGAAAUUGAAUGUCAGAUCCUUAAAACGUAUAGACUUCAUUUUCGAAUAAGUUAGCACGAGCUCAAAACGUUUUUAGGGCGAAAGUGAAAGAUUUUAAUAAUUUGUAGUAUUGUGUUUCAUGUUUGCGCGCACAGUGUUGAACAAUGUUUUUGAAAAAUUAACGCUUUGUUUUUGGUACAGCGUCGGUUCUCAGUAGUUCUAUUUAAAUCUCAAUUAUUUUAGUUUUUCCUUAUAGUCAGUAGUCUACAUAAUUAGACUAAAAUGGAUGAAUCGUGCAGAUCAACCGUGGGCAAGAGCGAUUCAAGGCGGUCGUCGAUCGCGGCCAACGAUGAAAGCGUCACCAUGUACCUGUCCUUCGACGCGGACGACACUCUUUCCAGCGGAACCAGUACAAAGUGGCAGUCUGCAGUGGUCACUCAAAGCAGUCAGUUCCUUGAAAUUCACAACAGUAAAAUGGAGGCUAAUGUGGAAGAAACGGUGCUCCGGCGCAGCGUCCUAAAGGAUUUGCAGCAGAUCAUAACCGGUGAGCAGGAUCAGGGCUCACCCCUCCGUCCUUUUAAUAUGAGCAUUCUUAACAAACACAAUGCUCUGAGCUCCACACCGUCUAAGGAUACCCCAGUGAUCACAAAUCUUGAUGUAACAAAUGUGGAAAACAAGGAAAACUCGCAUACUGGCGAAAACGAUCAUUCUACAUUGUCUAGUUCCGUAGACGUAUCCGUCAGCACGGUUAAAGCAAAUACUCUAAAAACCAUAGAUGGAACCAUUGACGAGGAGUCGGUCCAAGAGAUUCCAAAGCCCAGCGUAAGCAAUGUUUAUCCGCUAAGCGCCAACGUAGUCCUUGAGAAUAUCACCGAGGUUUCCAACGAAGGGGUGUCUAUGGUGGCCUCCCCACCGCCAGAGAAACAUGAUCCCCAGGUCGAAGAGGUUGUGAACGAGGUUUCGGAACUUAUUUCGAAAGCCCUAAAGAUUUCGGCUGAAUCUGUGAAACCACAGCCCCCAAAAAUUAAAGUGGAAGGAAGCAAAAAGAGAAUGACUAUUGCCGUUGGAUCUUCGGGUGGAAUGCCGCGUCCACGCCGCUCAUAUUUGCCAACUUCUAGUGUGGAGAGUCGUACUUAUUCCUUUAAACAGCGUAUGUCAGUGGUUGUGAAAACCACACUGAACAGUCCGGCCCGUAAGCUAAGCGCUGGCGGCUCACUAGCUGUGGGACGCCGGAGCUGCUUGCCUGUAGCCAAACCAAAACUUGGAACUAAAUCCGUCGCAGUAUCGAGCAGCCGUACUCCUCAAAACAUCCCAACCAAAGUGAUCAAGCAGACCCCCAAAACAACGCUUCCCGUCAUCUAUAACUGCAAGACCUGCGAUGCCACUUUCCGUGUUAAAAGCUUACUAGACAUGCAUGUUCGCAUGCACGAUAUGGUAGAGAAUGGACCAAAGUCUCUGAAACGACUGAAUACUAAUACGGUGGGCGGAGGAACUAGUGCGCUCGGUAGUAAAAAUUCCUGUAAAUACUGCGACAAAAACUUUGCCCUAGAACGCGCUCUGCACAUCCACUUGAUGCAAAACUGCAGCAAGAUUCCGCCGGGUGAAAAGCGGAAACUUCAGUUUACGGAACUCAACCACGAAAAGAAGGCUCAGCUCCCCAAGAUCGGAGCUUCCAAUGCUGUGAACCAGCCAUGCACCCUUUCCCAGAAGACACAGCAGCGCUUCAGCAUGAUUCCUAGCAAGGCUACUUCAUCUUUUGAACCACCCAUGGCUCCGCCGUCCACGAAGAAGGUACCCAAGAAGGCUGCGCACGCUGGAGUUUAUCGUACCCCUACGAAGACUGUGCCCUGCCACAUUUGUAAGCAAUCCUUUAAGAGCAUACUUGAGUUCACCAAUCACAGUCUGACGGUGCACACAAAGAACUUCACGCAGAAGCCACCAGCUGGCCGGGAAAAUGCACCGAGUGCCCAAGAUUAAAUCAAAUGUAACCAAUUUAAUAUAGCCUAGGUCUAAGAUGAGUGUAUUUUAGAUUUCCCCACGUUUAAAUGCACAUUAACCUUA